UGUGUGGAAGUUGUAGUGGGCGGGGCUAUGUUGUAUACAUUGUAUCCAGGAGAUCCCUCACCGUCCAUAUCCCGGGAUUGAGCGCCGUGUCACCUCAGCAGCUUAGCGGCAGUGACAUUAAGAUGAAUGAGCUAAACCUGGAACUGGGGAUCCUGAAAUCUGAAUUGCAUAAAAAGACCAGGGAGACGCAAGCACUGGAAUCUCAAGUCCAUCAGCAGCAAGAAAGCCUGAACAGGGCCGGUGACAGACUCAAGGACACAAAGAGGGCUGCUGCAAGCAAGAUACAUGACAAAGAAAGCAAAUGCGAAGCCUUACAGAAGGAACUAUUAAAAGCUCAAAACCAGUACUCUGCAUGUUAUGAUGAGCUGCUCCACCGGGAGAAACUUUUACAUAAAUUUAAGGAAGAAAAUAUUCAGCUGACAGAGCAAAUCAUGCAGCAGUCCCAGGACAUUUCCAAGAUGAGUGAAGAAAGGAAGAGGCUGGAGCUAAAACUGGCAGUUGUCACCGAGAGACAUAAAACUGCACAACAAGAGGUUAAUAACAGAGAUCAAAUCAUUUUACAACUUAAAACAGACUUGAAAACAUCACAGGAGAAAUAUUUUGGCUCUCAAGAAGAAUUGAGCCUCCAGGAGGCAGAGAUUUCAAGACUCCAACAGAAGAUAAGAUGUCUUCAGAAUGAAGCUCGGGAACUAUGGGAAAAAUGUAAUGAACAGGAAGACCAGCUUAAUCUAGUAGAGAAAGCAAAACAACAGCUUAUUCAUGAGCAGGAGAUCCAUCUUGGCCAGAUCCAGAAUUAUGUGAUGAUUGUAGAAAAACUGCAGAAUGAUUUGGACCACACCAAGCAGUCCCAUACCAUGGACUUAGAACGGUGGAACCAGAAGACUUCACUGAUGCAGAAGGACCUGAUGUCUGAAACUUCAUCCCACCAAACAGAUCUGUUGAAAUGGCAAGAAUGUAAAGAAAAAAUAACAUCACUACAACUCAAGUUGGAGAAUGUUGAUGCUGCCUACCAAGAGGCAAAACAACAGAUUGAUGCUCAAGAUCAAAUCAUAAAAGGUCAAAAUUCAGAAAUGGAGCACUUACAGCAGCAGGUCAGAGCACUUGAAGAAAAUAUAACUGAAAGCUGCAGCCAAGCCAAAACAUUAGAGUCUGCCCUUGAGGUCUGUAAGAAGAAGUAUCGGACAUGUAUUGACACCAUAAAGUCGCUAGAAAAACAUACAGGCUGUCUGCAAGAACAGUUAAAGGAAUCUACUAGAGAGAUUGCUAACAAAAAGGAAACCAUUCAGAGUCUGGAAGCUGAAGUAUCGAUUCUUCAGCGUCAGAAUAAGGAAAAGUGCGACCAGGUAGAAACCUUUGAACACCUGAUUGACCAGUUAACUGCAGAGUUGAAUUCCUCCAAGGACGAUGUUAAAUUGAACAAAGAGCAGUACCAGCAGUACGGACAGCUGGCUGGAAUGAUGAAAGAAAAGGUUGAUCAUUUACAAAAGCAGAUCAUUGAGAAUGAAAGUGACAUAAGAAAGAUUUGUUCUGAGUUGAAGGAGUACAGGACUACUCAUAGCCAUUCCAAUGAAGAGUACAGUGCCCAGAUUUUGCAGCUGCAGAAGCAACAGCAUGAGAUUACAUUUCUAAGUGGACAACUAAAUGAAAAAAACACCAAGAUAGAAGAAUGUCAGGGAAUCAUUGAGUAUCAAAAAACUGAAGCUUUGAAAGUGCUGGACCAGCAGAAAAAUUACGCACUUGGGAUUGAAGAACUAGAAAAGACUUUGCAUUCCCUACAGAUGGAGAUUCUUACAUCGCAACAAAAGCACAAAGUAGAUGUUGUUGGUUUAAAGCAGCAAGUGGCUCAUCUAGAAGCAGAGCUGACUGGUGCUAGAAGAAUCUGUGCCCAAAAGGAUCAGGCAAUAAGCAAAAGAGAUGACCUUCUGCGGAAAUCCGAAGGCGAUCUCCUGCAGGCAAAAGAAGGUAUCAAAGAAAAAGCGGCUGAGGCAGAGCACCUUGACAGCGUGGUCAAGCAAUUGGAAGAAAGAAUCCAGGACGCACAGAAAAAAAUGAAUCAAAAGGAGAAAGAAAACGAUGUACUCAGAGCUGAGAUGAAGGACCUCAGCACAGAGCUACAAGAAGUGCAUAAGCUCUACAGAGAAACAGCACAAGAACUUGCCAGUCAAGAAGAAAAACUUCUUCUACUGGAAUCCAGCUUGAAAGCAACUCAAGAGCAGCUAAGCGAGCAAAUAGCUGAAACCGUUCGCCAAGAACAGAACAGCAGAAAAUACCAGACAGACCUGAAGAUCCUUAAAGAACGACUCACAGCUUCGGAGGAAGAAAAUAGUGAAUACAAGAAAAUGCUUGAAAUUGUAAAAACUGAAUUGACAUCAUUAAAAGAUCAACACCAACUGGCAAUUCAAGAGAUGCUUAAGCUUCAGCAAGCCAAUCACAAGUACGAAACUGAGAUGACUUCAGUACGAGAAAAUGGCCACAACCUACAGCAGCAGGCUCAAAACUAUGAAGAACUUGUGAAAGGUUUACGUGAAGAGCUGAACCGAGGGCAACGUCUUCAGCAAGAUGAGCAAAACCAUAUAGCAGAAAUGAGAAGGCAGAUUGUGGAUAUGGAAAGUGAAAUGGAGAGACUGAGGUCCCAAAAUAAGAGUUAUGCUCAAAAGAUUAAAGAGCAACAAAAUAAGCUGAUAAAAUUGGAUGAUGAGGUUCACCAACUGCAAGAAGAAAAUAUCUCCAGUCAGAGCGAUCUCCUACAGACACAAGCACAGAUGAAAAUUCUCCACCUGAACCAUUCCACUGCAGAAAAACAAGUUAAACAUUACAUUAUACAGGCUGAAUUUUAUGAGGAAACGAUAGCGAAACUGCGGGAAGAUUUGGAACAGUCAAAGAAACGAUGCAGAAAAAGUACAAAAAGUCUGGAGUCUAUCGAGCAGAACAUUUAUGAUUUAAACUUGGAAAUUACUUUAUUACAAGCAAAUCACAAACGGACAGUUGAGCAGCUAAAUGAAAAAAACAAAGAGAACUCUGCAAUCACCUCUGAAGUCAACUACCUUCGUCAACAGAAUAAGAAAAUAACAGAGAAAUUUUCCAGGUUAAAACUGGAACAGGCCAAUGCUGAUACAAAUAACCUUCAGGAUAUAACCCAAAGUACCAAGGAGGAGGUGAUUAAGCAAGAAGAAAAUGGUCUAGAGGGAAAUUAUAAAUCUCAUAAUAUAGAAGAUAUCAGCAAUAGAGGGAAGAAACUAGCAGUCCUAGAAAGCGAGCACAAAGACAUAUUGGAGAAGCUGAAACUCAGCUUUGUAGAGGUGGCAAAUUUGCAAAAUGAUCUGAAAUCCUCUGAGAAGAAAUACAUUAGUGCACAGAGGGAGCUGGAAAUCCUAUGCCAAGCUCUAGAAGCAACACAAACUGACAACAGUCGCCUCCAUCGGGAAAGUGAAUUUGUGGCUGCAAAUGUUAAUCAGUGGAUCAAAGAACAAAAGCUCGCCAAUGAAAACUUAGGUGAGAAAAUCCGUGAACAAAAUCAACUCUUGGCUCAUCUCACAGAGGAAAGAGACAAUUUCCAGAAAAGAGAAGAUGCAUUGCUAGCUGUGGUUAAUAACCUUAAAGUUGAUUUGGAGAAAAUUAAAAGGGAAAAUGAACAAUUGAAGGAAAAUUGUGUUGAACAGCAAGAACUGAAUAUGAAACUUAGAAGACAGCUGGAGACACAGGAGCUGGAGCAUACAAGUCUUCUGGAAAAUAAUCUAGCUGCAACUGAAGAGAUGCAUUCUAAAUUACAAACCAACAUAAAAUCAAUUCAUUUUUUAAACCAGAAGCUAAAUGAAUUAGGCCAAGAAAAUGGAUGUUUGCAGCAGCAGUUGGAAGAUGGGAAACUGAGAUGUCAACAGUAUGAACGUCAUUUAGAAACCUGCAAUCAGACUCUCUCUAAUCUUUUCGCUCAUCUAAAAGUUAUACAAGAACAGAGAGAUUGCCUUCAAAAACAGACUCUAAAUGCUGUAUCCUGUAGCCAAAACAUUGUGCCACCUCUAACCACAGGAUCUCAUACGCAGCUUCAGAUUCUCUCCCAAAAGGGAACAGUAAAUGGGAAAUCUGAAGAGUUAAUGUUGAAAGAUUCUUUAGACAAAUCAUGUCGCACACAACGCAUGGAAGAUCAUUCUACUCCAUUACAAGACAACACAGAGUACUGGAUGGAGAAAAUGAAUGGCCUAAUGUUACAAAUACAACAGUUUGUAGGAACAUCCAGAAAGUGAAAGGUGAACCUUUCAAAUCAAAUACAUUUUUUGUGAAUUCACAUUUUUAAACAACAUUCAUUUUUAAAAUGAUGGACCCAGAACAAUGUGACAAAUGUUUGUUCUCCAAUCAGGCCAUUCAUCAGGGAAAUAUUUUCUGUAACACUGUGAAUAGAAGACUUUUCAUAUCAGGACUGUUUUUUGUUUUUAUAUAUUUUUUUCUUUUGUUGUAGGUGCUUAAAGAUAGCUUUGUCCAAUAAAUUAUUGUAGUUUCACUUUACCUAUAAAUGUAAAUCUGAUGAUUUUUUAUCCCAGUAUUCAAAUUUUGAGCAAAAGGCAGUGCAAAGUGAAAGUCCAUAUUGUAAACAUUAUAUUUAUUUUUUAGUCUGAAAGUCUUCCUUAGUGCAACAAUAUAAAAUUCAUACACAUGAGUUCCUUUUGGUGGCUUUGGCAGCCAUUCAAAUUAAUGAGCUGCCCUAAAGAAAUGCAUGUUAACAUGCAGCACAAUGUGAAUUCACACACCACAAUUGAAUUCAGCUAAACGCUUGUUGCCUGGAAAGUAUUUUGUCCACUGUUAUAAAGUUCAGACCUUCGUAUCUAUAUUAUUGGUAGUACCUUACUAGCCUGGACCUUGAAGCUGACCUUUUGUCAGUUUGUCAACUUUAUUACUGUGCAUUCACCCUUAUAUUAAAGACAAUUUUUCUAUUUCCUAAAUACCUCAUAUUUAAAUUUUCCCCUUCUGUUCCCCCUCUCCCAGCCUAGACCAGAGUGACGUAGCUUCAGCCACCCACAUGCUCCUGGGAUAUCCACAUCAUGUAUCCCAGAAGACUUCAGACAUGUAGGUUAGAGAUAUUGCAGGAGUUAAUGUGACCUUUUGCUGACUUUGCCAACUCCAUCACAAUGAAUAAAUAAAAUGAGGGAUAGCUAGAUGUGUGAAGUAACAGCAGGCUUCCAAUAUGACAGAAUUGAAAAUGGCAUUAUGGGAAAAACAGAGGGAACGUUUGGCUGUGAACAGGACAUUGAGGGACUUCAUGGACUUGUAGUUAGUCUUUUUAUAAUGUAAUGUCAUACAAAUUAUUGUAUUGCCUUAAUUACAAUUUUGGGAAAGAGUUGGUAGGUCCUUCGAAUAAAAUGGCACAAGAGGAAGAAGGCAGCCAUGAUGUAAGGCAGCACUUCUAAACCUAGACUGUGCUGCCAAUAGAAACAUGCCUAGAUAAGGUAGAAGGAAACCCAUCAUGAAAGAAAUAGAUGGACUGGAAUAGGUGAUUUUCAGAAUAUACUAAUUGCCUUUCUAGCUCUGGUUUAAGUAGUUAAAUAACAAUGGCAUACUUACCCAAUGGAUUUCUUUGCCACAUUUUCUGGCUCUGUUCCCAUGUACCUUUUGGGUGUUUUUGUGUAACCUGAGGUGUUCUCACUCCUACUGUUGUAUUUUCCUUAUUAUCCAUAAUAACUCAGGAGGAGAGGUUUCUCUAGGGGUUCCCCAAGAGAUAUUAUUAACCAUAAGGUGGUGCUUUAUAUGCAGGCUAAAGGCCUGCUGACGCAGUCAAUUAUAUACAACCUGCAUUUCCGUUGGCUCACUGCAGCACAGAGAUAUGAACAGACCUGUUUGAUUUGCAUGUUUAUUCUAUGUUUGCUGUGGUUUCCUUGUAGUAGCUGGCUGGAUUAUACUGACAGGGACCACUUGGAUGUGAAUGCAUCCUCAUGCAAGCAAAUCUUUUCAGUUAAUUAACAACACAGGUAAACUUGGAUUUUCGAGUUCUGAAUUAUUGAAAACCUGUAUUGCCAAAGCAUUUGUUAAUUUUUUUUAUUCUGUAUAUUUUUUCAAUUGUGUGCCAGAACUGGUAUUUACAAUGUUGUAAAUAAUGAAGUAGUAUACAUAACGUAAAUGUAAUGCUAAUUUAUUUAUGUAAUUUAUUUCUCUAUUUUAACAAAAGUAAGAAGAGAAAAUUGCGCCAUUGUUUUUAUGUAUGUUUCAUUUAAUUCUAUAUUGCUAAAAAACAGAUAUCCAUUAGCAGCUACAGGGUGCAGUGAUGCUAGAGUAAAUUAGGUAUCACCUAAAGCUAGUUGUUUAAUAUGUGGGACUAAAUUGUCUUUUCUGAUAAGUAUCAACAUGCAUUGUGUCAUUUUCAUUAUAAAAAUGUCACCUUUUUUUCUUUUUUUAUUUUGAUUGUGAAAUGUUGUGUUUUCAAUUAAAAUCUGAAUGUUA